AUGGUACAAAUUCUGGCCUCCAGGCUGGUAUUAACAAUGGCACAAUCAAUGCACAGUUCUAUCCGCCCCCAGCGACCGGAAACCCCACCAGCUCCUCUCUCGACCGUCCCGUUCCCCCGCGACCCAGACUUUGUCAGUCGGGAUUCACUGCUCGAUCAGAUAGCUGAAAAGAUCUCAGCUGCAGGGUCUAGGAUAGCUCUUGUGGGCAUCGGUGGUGUCGGGAAAUCGCAACUGAGUAUCGAAUACUCCUAUCGAGUCCGAUCCCAAUCGCCGGCAACAUGGGUUUUCUGGAUCCAUGCAAGUAACCCGGCCCGAUUCGAGCAAAGUUUCCGGGAUAUCGCCAACCAGGCCAAAAUAUCCGGGCGCAACGAUCCCACAGUCAACAUCUACCAACUAGUCGAAGGUUGGCUUCGGGAUGGCAAGAGAGAAAAGUGGUUAUUGAUUCUUGAUAAUGCUGAUGAUGAUGGGUUCCUUCGUCAGUCCUCUGCAACAGGUCAGCAGAGUCUGAAGGUCGGCCAAACCAAUGCCUCCACCAAGCCACUAUUGGAGUAUCUCCCUCGAAACCCGAACGGAUCAAUAAUGAUUACAAGUCGGAACAAAGAAGUGGCGUUGAGAAUUGUCGAUCACCGGGACAUUAUUAAAGUCGAACCAAUGGAAAAGCUCGAGGCGAUAGAGCUUCUCCAACGAAAGGCCGAGCUACCAGCAGAAACGCCCGACAUUCAAGAGCUAGUGGAAGAACUAGACUUCAUGCCACUCGCAAUCAUACAGGCGGCCAGCUAUAUCGUACACCGAGAGCCUUGCUGUACGGUAUCGCAAUACCUAGAAAAACUGCGGAAGAGUGAGGGCUCAGCGAGAAAGCUUCUUGAUUAUGACGCAGGUGAUCUCUUUCGUGAUUGGGAAGCAAAGAAUUCGAUUCUAGUCACAUGGCAAAUAUCCUUCGACCAUAUUCGACGUAUCCGACCGUCGGCCACUGAUUUGCUUUCUCUCAUGAGCUUUUUCGAUCGACAAGGAAUCUCAGAGGAUCUUCUCCGAUUUCAUGACAAAGCACAAAACGACGAUUCCAACUUGCAGCAAAUUGCGAUCGAGUACAAUGUCGAAGAUACAGAUAGCACAUCUGAAUCCAACAUGGAUCAAAACUUCGAGGAUGAUAUAGCGACCCUGAGGGCCUUUUCAUUCAUCUCCAUCAACAGAGACAGCACUGUGUUCACGAUGCAUCGGCUAGUGCAGCUGACUGUGCGUGCGUGGUUGAAAUCAAAACCUGAUGGACAGCUCGAGCGAUGGAAGGAGAAAUAUAUCACAAUCCUGUGGCAAAGGUUUCCGACAGGUAAAUAUGAAAAUUGGCCGCAGUGCCAGCCGCUCUUUCCACAUGUGAAAUUGGCUAUGUCCCAACGACCGGAAUCUUACGAGUUUCUAAGCAAAUGGGCUACGCUGCUUUAUAAUGGGGCUUGGUAUGCACAGACAAUCGGGCAUAUUAAGGAAUUACGAGAUAUGGCAUCUGAAUCACGGAACCAAAGAUCAUCAAUGUUUGGAUUGGAUAGUGAACAGACUCUCGAAAGCUCUGUUAUGGUAGCAGAAGCUUGCCGGCUUGAGGGGCAGUGGGAACAGGCGGAGCAGCUCCAGGUGCAAGUCAUGGAGGCUUACAAGACGAAGCUCGGCGCCGACCAUCCUCAUACGCUGACGAGUAUAGGCAAUCUGGCAUCGACAUUCUCAAGUCAAGGUCGGUUGGAAGAAGCAGAGCAGCUCGAGGUGCAGGUCAUGGAGACUUGCAAGGCGAAGCUCGGGGUUGACCACCCUAGCACAUUGACGAGUAUAGCCAAUCUGGCGUGCACGUAUAAGAGCCAAGGCCGAUGGAAAGAAUCAGAGCAGCUUGAGAUACAGACCAUGGAGAUUCGCAAGACGAAACUCGGGGUUGACCAUCGUAACACAUUGAUAAGUAUGGGCAAUCUGGCGUCGAUGCUUCGGAAUCAAGGUCGGUUGGAAGAAGCAGAACAGCUCCAGGUGCAGGUUAUGAAGGCUCGCAAAACGAAGCUUGGGUUUGAUCAUCCUGACACAUUGACAAGUAUGUCCAAUCUGGCGUUGGUAUUCUCAAGUCAAGGUCGGUGGGAGGAAGCAGAGCAGCUCGAGGUGCAGGUUAUGAAGACUCGCAAGACGAAGCUUGGGGUCGACCAUCCUGACACAUUGACGAGUAAAGGCAAUCUGGCGUUGACGUUCUGGAAUCAAGGUCGGUUGGAAGAAGCAGAACAGCUCCAGGUGCAGGUUAUGAAGGCUCGCAAAACGAAGUCCGGGGUCGACCAUCCUCACACAUUGAUAAGUAUGGGCAAUCUGGCGUUGGUAUUCUCAAGUCAAGGUCGGUUGGAAGAAGCAGAGCAGCUGAAGGUACAGGUCAUGGAGACUUGCAAGACGAAACUCGGGGUCGGCCAUCCUGACACAUUGAAGAGUAUAGCCAAUCUGGCGUCGACGCUCUGGAAUCAAGGUCGGUUGGAAGAAGCAGAGCACCUCGAGGUGCAGGUCAUGGAGACUUGCAAGACGAAACUCGGGGCCGACCACCCUUACACGUUGACGGUUAUGGCAAACCUUGCUCAUACCCUUAAGUCAUCAACUCAAGACAAAGCCGCUUUGAUAUUGAUGGCUGAAUGCGUCCGACUUCGCGAGCGAAGUCUAGGCCCGGGCCAUCCGGAUACUUUGUCUUCCGAGUCCACUUUAACCCAAUGGCGAGAGCAGAGUGACUCCCUAUCCUCCAAGGUCACUGAAGCGUCGACUGAACUCAAAGAGGAUAACCAAAUCCUAGCCAGUUCCACAACAAUCUCGCUGCGAGCUUCUAAACCCAGCGAAUGUCGUAGGCGCACAGUCUUUUCGUGUCAGGACCCCUGA